AAGACUGGUUGUUUCAUGCAUCUACACCUUCCCACGACUGCAGUCAGGAAACCCGUCAAAGCAUCCCUAAAGAAAUUCUCCAGCAACACUAACCUUGGAAAAAAAGUACGAAGGAGGAAUGACCUAAGACUACGUGUGGAUGGCUCAACGCUUUUUGGUGAUGCUGCUUUUGCCCAGACAGUGUUGGAAGGCCGUGGGGUUAGCGAUGUCUUUGCUGUUGUGUUUGCCUGGGGUGUUGGAGUGAUGAUGGGUUUGGCUACUUCCAUGGGUGUUUCAGGUGGUCACAUCAACCCUGCAGUAACAACAGCAUUUGCCUCUCUAGGCAAGUUUCCAUGGAGAAAAGUUCCUCACUAUUUGGCUGCUCAGCACCUUGGCGGGUUUUUGGCUUCAGCUGUUGUUUACUUUACCUACAUUGAUGCUUUAAAUUGGUUUGAUGGCGGGAACAGAACAAUUGUUGGAGAAACAGGAACAGGCUACAUCUGGGCUACUUAUCCCAAAGAAUAUGUUUCUAUUCCUAAUUGUUUUCUAGACCAGAUUGUAGGUACUGGCAUCUUAAUGUUCACUGUGGUAGCCGUUAUUGACCAAAGAAAUGUCAAAUUCCCACUCUGGGGUGCUGCAAUUGCCAUUGGUUUUAUGAUCGCUGCUCUGGCUAUGUGUUUUGGGGCAAAUUGCAUGGCUGCUUUGAAUCCAGCUCGUGACUUUGCUACUCGAGUCUUUACUGCCGUCGCUGGCUGGGGUUCUGCUCCUUUCAGUGUUCGUAACUACAAUUACUGGUGGAUCGGGGUAGUAGGACCCCACCUAGGAGCUAUCAUUGGUGGCUGGCUAUACUACUUGGGUGUAGAACUUCAUUGGCCAGAUGAAGAUGAAGAGGCGACUGACAAGGAGCUUAAAGAAUUAUUAGAUCGUGACAAACAGACGAAUGGUAGUGUUACUAAAAAAAAAAGAGAAGACAGCUGUUUAACUACAUUAGCCAUAAUCGACUCUCAAAAGCAUAUACGAGCAGAAUUUUACAGCUUAUUCUUGACUACUAAAAUAUUUCUAUGUAUUCUUGUUGUAAACAACCAUAGUUUCGAUAUUGAAGAUAAUUUUAUGGCCUGUAACAAAAAAAAAUGCUUUAAAAGCUUGCUACAACUAAUUUAGACUUUGUAGAUUUUUAUUUAACAUUCAGUUAAAACUUUAUUUCCUUAUUACAGUUAGAAAUUUAAAGUAGGAUUAUUAAAACAAUCAACUAAUGCUGGUCUACAAAGGAUCUUUUACUUUUUAAAGACUUCACAGUAAAAUUUGUCAUUCCAUAUACAGAAUUUUAGGGAUAAGUUAUUAGUAACUCAGUAUAUUAAAAUAUGUGAUAACCUACAACUUCAACAUUUAAAAA